AUGGCCUCUCAUUCAAAUGACGCCGAAGCAAAGAGCAUUUCAGCUUAUGGAGAGGCACGGUCCACAGUUUCCGGAAAAUGUCUUGGUCCCGACGAAGUUCGCAAGAUGAGCGCGUACUUUCAUGCCAGCUUGUACCUUUGUCUCGGCAUGCUCUACCUCCGAGAGAAUCCUCUUCUUAAAGAACCCUUGAAAGUAGAGCAUCUUAAAGCUCGACUUCUAGGACACUGGGGGUCUGAUGCAGGCCAAUCCUUCACUUGGAUCCACAUGAAUCGCCUGAUCAAGAAAUAUGACCUGGACGUUCUUUUCGUUUCCGGCCCUGGCCAUGGCGCUCCGGGUAUUAUCUCCCAGUCAUAUCUUGAGGGUGUGUACUCGGAGGUAUUUCCAGACAAGGCCGAGGAUACUGUGGGUAUGCAGAAAUUCUUUAAACAGUUCUCGUUCCCGGGUGGCAUUGGAAGCCAUUGUACUCCCGAGACUCCUGGCAGUAUCCAUGAAGGUGGAGAGCUUGGAUACUCUAUUUCUCAUGCCUUUGGAACUGUCUUUGAUAAUCCCAAUCUCAUCACCUUGACCAUGGUUGGUGAUGGAGAAUCUGAGACUGGUCCUCUUGCGACGAGCUGGCACAGCACUAAAUUCCUCAACCCAAUUACUGAUGGAGCGGUUCUCCCUGUUCUUCAUCUGAACGGCUACAAGAUUAACAAUCCGACGGUUCUUGCACGCAUCAGUCACGAGGAAUUGACUUCAUUGAUGAUCGGUUAUGGCUGGAAGCCAUAUUUCGUGGAGGGAAGUGACUUGGAAAGCAUGCACCAGGCUAUGGCUGUCACACUUGAACAGUGUGUGAAGGAGAUUAAGCAAUACCAACAACAGGCCCGGUCAUCCAACAAGCCGUUCCGUCCCCGCUGGCCCAUGAUUAUUCUUCGCACGCCAAAGGGUUGGACAGCGCCGAGGGAAGUCGAUGGGAAACUACUUGAAGGUUUCUGGCGUGCACACCAGAUUCCUAUCACCGAUGUUUCUACCAACCCUGCUCAUCUAGAGAUCCUUGAAACUUGGAUGAAGGGAUACAAGCCAGAGACGCUCUUCGAUGAGAAUGGCAAGCUUCUUCCUGAACUAAGGGAGCUUGCGCCUGCCGGCAACUCACGCAUGAGUGCCAACCCGGUCGGCAAUGGUGGUCUCCUGCGCAAGCCGCUGCAAUUGAAUGAUUUCCGUGAUUAUGCCAUCCAGGACAUUAUCCCCGGAAAGACCUCCGCAGGUGGUAUGGCGAACAUGGCAAAGUUCCUUCGUGAUGUCGUGGCUAAGAAUAUGACUACAUUCCGCCUCUUUGGCCCUGAUGAGACCGAGUCUAAUAAGCUCGCCGAAGUCUACAAAGCAGGUAAGAAAGUAUGGAUGGCAGACUACUUCGAAGAGGACAGCGAUGGAGGUAAUCUUUCUCCGCAUGGACGUGUCAUGGAAAUCCUCAGUGAGCAUACAUGUGAAGGCUGGCUGGAGGGAUACAUCCUUUCUGGGCGUCAUGGCCUCAUCAACAGCUACGAGCCUUUUGUGCACGUCAUUGACUCGAUGGUCAACCAGCACUGCAAGUGGAUUGAGAAGUGUCUUGAGGUCGAAUGGCGCGCUAAGGUCGCCUCUCUCAACAUUCUGAUCACAGCUACUGUCUGGAGACAAGAUCACAAUGGAUUUACGCACCAGGAUCCUGGAUUCCUCGAUGUGGUGGCCAAUAAGAGCCCCGAGGUGGUCCGAAUCUACCUCCCACCUGACGGGAACACUCUCCUGUCCUGCAUGGACCACUGUCUCCGUAGUGUGAACUAUGUGAAUGUCAUUGUGGCAGAUAAACAAGAGCAUAUUCAGUUCUUGAACAUGGAAGAUGCCGUCGCACACUGUUCCAAGGGCCUUGGAAUCUGGGACUGGGCUAGUAACGACCAAGGCGAAGAGCCAGACGUCGUGAUGGCGUCUUGCGGUGAUGUCUCAACACAUGAAGCUUUAGCUGCCACUGCACUCUUGCGCAAAUAUCUUCCUAGUCUCAAGGUUCGCUUCGUGAAUGUCGUUGACCUCUUCCGACUUAUCUCGGGGAUCCAUCACCCGCACGGCAUGCCUGAUCGCAAAUGGAAGUCUAUCUUCACAGAUAACAAGCCUAUUAUCUUCAAUUUCCACUCUUAUCCCUGGCUCAUUCACCGAUUGACAUACAAGCGUCCUGGUCAGCACAACCUACAUGUGAGGGGAUACCGUGAGAAGGGCAACAUUGAUACUCCGUUCGAAUUGGCGGUGCGCAACGGAACCGAUCGGUACAGCUUGGCAAUUGAUGCAAUUGACCUGAUUCCAUCUCUGGGCAACACUGCAUCUAGUGUUAGAGAGAAAUUGAUCAAUGCACGUCUUGCUUGUAAGUCGGAGGCUUUUGAAAAUGGUGUGGAUCCUGAGUACAUUCGCAACUGGACCUGGCCAUAUGCGAAGAAUUGA